UAAACACCGCACAAACACUGAGACCAGGAGCCUGAACCAGACUCUUCAGACAGCACAGGAGUCCACGACAAGACCCCAAACCUCUCACUGGUGGUAAGGACUUGUUCGUAAGUGAUGGCUCCUGGAGACCUCCAAAAUGAUAAAUCAAACAAUGAAGAUUCAGGAGCACCUGAACCAAGAGCUGUCAAGAAAAAGAAGAAAAAGAUUAAGGAAGUGGCAAACAAUUCAGGUGACACAAAUGGCAAAGAAGAGAACGUUGGAGAUUCUCAGACUGAGAUAGAAGAUCUCACCAAAGCUGGACACAAAGCUCUGCUCUCUGGUGAUUACAAUACUGCCCUGCCGUGUUUUAAAAAGGCCUUUUUGCUCUCUCUGGGUACCAAAAUAAUGACAGUCCAACGGGCAUGUGCGUUCAACCUUGGCGCUGCAUACGUGGAAACUGGGAAGCCAGAGAAAGGACUGGAGUUUUUGCUAAAGUCACGGCCCAAGGAGGGAGAAGGAGACUGCACGGGGGAUCUUUACUUUAAUCUUGGUACAGCUUACGAGUCCAUGGUGGACUACCCUAGAGCACUGGAAAAUUUCCGGAAAGCCAUUCCUCUUUACCAGCCUUCCAAUAUGGGAAGCGAGGCCGACACACACAUGAAGAUGGCCUACUGCUAUUUAGGGAUGAAGGAUAUGGUGCGAGCCGCGCAGUGCUUCUACGAUGCUGGAGAUCUUUACCUACAAGCUCAAAAGUUGGACACAGCAGCAGUGGCCCUGAAUGAAGCAGCUAAUUACAUGCUGCAGUGUGAAUGCUACGAUUCAGGGCACGUUCUCCUAACCCUUAACGAGACCCGUAUGAUAUGUGAUCACAUAACGAGAAAAGACCUGCUCAGUCGAUUGUACAACGACAUUGGCCUGAGUUACGCCCAGUUGAAGGUCUUCUCGUUGGCCGCAGAGUGUUUUCAGAAAGCCCUACUUUUCUGCCAGGAAGAUGGGAUGGACAGGGACAAGGAAGCGGUGGUUUUACAGAACCUCGGAGCUGCAUACAAUACCAUGGAACAAUAUGAAGAAGGCUUGACGUUUCACAAGCAAGCAGCAUCUCUACACAGUCUUCUGGGGAACCGUCGAGCCCAAGGUCAGUGUUUUGGAAACCUGGCUUUUGCUUACAGUCAGCUCGAGGACCACGAGGCAGCGGGAGAGAAUUAUCUUCAUUCUCUACAGGCCUUCAAGGAUUCAGAUGAUGUCCAUGGCCAAUGGCAGGCGUGCGAAGGACUUGGAGCUGCAAGAUUCCGUCUUGGCGAUCCAGAGAAAGCCGUAUUUUAUUACAAGCAAGCUCUGGCUUUACUCUCCAAAGCCAAGGAUGUUUCUGAUGCGGUCCAGGAGAGGAUUGUGAACAAACUGACUGACGCACUUCAGCGCAAGUUGUCCGUAAACAGUUGUUUUUCCCAUGGUGGCGGAAUAAUUCCUGCUGCUCCUCUUAAAUCGUUCCCAGGAAAGCAGCAAGGGGGAAACCAAAUGAGGUACACCACAGAUAUGAAUAAUGGAUACGGCAACGUACCGCAGGAACACCGUCGAUCCAACAGAAUGAGUAGAAAGCCUAGUCAUCUAUCUCAGCCUGACCGCGAGCUUCGUGGACGAGCAGAAGAAAAUUCUGAGGCAAGCCAUCAAGUCAUGGUCUGGAGGGAAAAUGUCCAGCUUGCGGCAGAGAAUACGAAUCUGGCGGAUGCAGGCGAGGACAACGAUUCGGAUACUCUCACAGUGGUGACCAAUGAAUAUUCGGAGGACUGUGAGCAGCCAGACUCAGCUGCCGCCUCGUACAGAAACCACCCCAUGGCCAACAGCAAUCUGAAUAACACAUACCUGCAUCCAGACCCACUGUACCAGAACUGCAUUCACAGCGGCACCCUGUGCAACACCCAAAAAAGCAAUCAUGACUAUGAGACCCUGAAGCUAAUGACAAUGAAAUCAGGGAGGAUGGAGGGAGAAUCUGCUCUUUGUCCUCAUCAUUCCAGUGUGCCAGAAUCCCCCUCAAAACCCCGUAAAUCCCGGCUUCAUUCUAGAAUGUGUCGCGUCAUGUGACCUGCAUCAUUCUAGAAUGUGUUGCGUCAUGUGACCUGCAAUCUCUCAGGGCUGAGUAACCUCUUUAUAAAGAUCAGAGUGAUCCACGGCCUCUGCAGGGGUUUAAACAAUUCGACAAUGACCAAUCACAAUAUCACUAAUAUUCUACUAUAAAGGACACAUUACAUAGUCUUAUUUCCAGGUACUGUCAAUAGGGUUCCAUUUAAGUAGUAGAUACAAGGAACAGCCUUCCAGUGGGAUCAGUAGGGGCUAACAGUGAUAUAGAAAGAGUAGUAAAUACCUUGAAUA